AUGUUCCAUGUGCACAGAGAAUCAAAAGGACAGCUUGGCGAUACUGUGCUGAUACGACGAAUUGGAAUUGAUCAAAGGCCUACCACUAAUGUUGCUCAUGCUAUUGAUCGUGUUGUAUUUAAAUAUGGUAACAUUGUCGAUCCUGUGACUGGUAAACGUGUCAUUAAAGACGAAUUUGCUGAUGAAAUUGAACUCCGUCGUCAACUUGUAGGAGAGAUCAUUGACGCUCCAUUAGAACAGCUCUAUGAUGAGGUUUUUGUUUUAUUAUUGUACUAUUCGUGUGAUACACCGGAGCCUCACAAUAAGCUUCAUCAGUCCAAUACACUUGUAGAAAUGGAAGCUGAAGAUCUGUCAAAGGCAAGAUUCGUGAAGGUUUACAAUUAUCUUGAAGAGCGAGCUGCCCAAGUGGCGGACCUCUUGCAGGUAGUGGAUAACUCGAACCUUGUCUCUGGUGAGGUCACAAAAGGUCCAAGAACAGCAGCUCAGCGACUUCCAAGGCAUAUGAGACGCCGCGCUAUGGCGUAUGAGGUCCGACGGUUCCCGAAAGGCCUGCGAAGUUAUGCUGCUCCUUACUUGGCCAACAGUAAGCACAGGAAAAAACCUCCCAGUCGGUAUUUCCGGCGCAGAUCUCGGAAUCUUCUUCUAAAUUACAUCCGACGACAAAGAAAAAUGGUUUGGCUAGAAACACAUAUUUGGCAUGCGAAACGAUUUCAUGUCGUUGAUAGAUGGGGAUACCGAUUACCGGAUAGAAGUUUUCAGCGAAAUUUUCGGCCGUGUUAUCGUGAUUCCGUGAGGCACUGCACUGUACGCGAUAAAAGUUACCUAUCCUGCAUUCUGAUCUCUCAUAAUAAUCAGGAAGAACUUAUUUCGAUGCUCAGCCCUAUCUGUGUAAAUUCUGUCUCACCAACAUUUGCUUUCAAAAGUGGUCUGGAUGGAAGGUAUGAAGUAUCAACUCUUAUCUACCAUCCUGGUCAAUAUCCUCGAGGUCUAAUUGGACCAGCACGUUUUUUGUGGAGUAAGGAAGGGUUCGUUUUGUGCUGA